GAGCCCGUGGAGAAUUUCCCGGCAUCCUCCAGUGAUGAUCAGGUGCGCCCGGAAGCGCACAUCUUCCGUCUCGCGGGUCCUCCAGUGGCCCAGGAGAAGCUCUCCGAGGCUGAGUUGCUGUGGUCGGAUCCGCCGGACAGGGUGGAGCGACCAUGGGAGACGGAG